GCAUGUUUUACAGAGUAUGGGCCGGGUUACAGAAGUCCAAAAGAAGCAAUGUUUAAGGGAUCACGUGAGAAACUUAUGUACGUUAUCGGCAUACACACAGAUUCUAAAAAGACCGAUGUUCUUUGUACGGUGGAUGUGGAUCCCGACAGUCCUACCUAUUGUCAGAUAAUACAUAAAUUGAGAAUGUUAGCGGUCGGUGAUGAGUUACAUCACUCUGGGUGGAACAUCUGUAGCAGCUGUCAUGGAUCGUCAUGCAAACGUGACACUCUAGUGCUGCCCUGUCUUAUGUCAGAUCGAAUAUAUUUUAUUGAUACGAGCGAAGAGAAAGUACCAAAGAUUAAAAAGAAAAGUGCAGCUGAAGCCCAUCGAAUGUUUGUCGAAGUUUAUGGUGACACUGCUCCAACUGAUAAAUCAUGUAGGGAACGGUUUCGACGUUUCAAGGAUGAAAAUUUCAGCGUUGAAGACAAGCCUCGCUCUGGACAGUCAAACCAAUUCGAAGACAAAGACUUGGAGGCAGUACUCGAAGAAGAUCAGAGUCAAACGCAAGAGGAGCUUGCAGAAUCAUUGGAAGUAACUCAACAAGCCCUCUCUGUACGAUUGAGAGCCAUAGAAAUGAUUUAAAAACAAGGAAAUUGGGUGCCUUAUAAACUGAAACCGAGAGACGUUGAAAGGCAAUUUUUCACUUGCGAGUUGCUGAUUCAAAGGCAACAAAGAAAAGGUUUUUUGCAUCAGAUUGUGACUGGAAAUGAGAAGAGGAUAUUCUACGA